UUUCACGUGCUGGACGCUUUGCUGCAGGGAGUGGGGCCAGGAGACCUGCGGGGAUAUGAAGUUCGCUUACCGGUUUUCCAAUUUGUUGGGGACAGUCUACCGAUGUGGAAACUUGACGUUCACUCCAGAUGGAAACUCUCUGAUUAGUCCAGUGGGAAACAGAAUUACAGUCUUUGACUUGAAAAAUAACAAAUCUGAAACUUUACCACUAGCUGCUCAAUACAAUGUUGCAUGUAUGGGACUGUCUCCAGAUGGAAAUCUUGCUAUACUUGUGGAUGAAGAGGGAUCUGCUUUACUUGUCAGUUUGAUCAGUAAAUCUGUUAUCCAUCGAUUCCAUUUUCAGAAACCUGUCCAUAGUGUCUGUUUUUCUCCAAAUGGAAAAAAAUUUGUGAUUACUAAAGACAAAGUUGCCCUGAUGUAUCAUGCUCCAGGGAAAAAGAGAGAAUUUAAUGCAUUUGUUCUUGACAAAACAUAUUAUGGUGCUUAUGAUGAAACAACAUGCAUUGACUGGACUGAUGAUUCCAGAUGUUUUGCAGUGGGUAGCAAAGAUAUGUCAACAUGGGUGUUUGGAGCUGAACGCUGGGUCAAUCUGGUUUAUUAUGCACUAGGAGGUCAUAAAGAUGCAAUUGUUGCCUGUUUUUUUGAAGAAAACAGUUUGGAUUUAUACACUGUUAGCCGUGAUGGGGCUUUGUGUGUGUGGCAGUGUGAUACAGAACUAAAUGGUCUGAUAACUAGAAGUUCCAAAAGCCAUCCCACUGACCAGGCAGAGUCAGCAAAAGACCUAGAUGAAGAGUUGAUAGAAACACAAAGAGACAAAGAGAUUCAUGGAAAAACCAGUGGAAAUGAAAAACAAAACAAGAAAAAAGUGAAAUAUUCAUGUGCUGCCAAAUACUUUUUUAAUAAAGAAGGAGAUUUUAACACCCUGACAGCUGCAGCUUAUCACAAGAAAAGCCAUCUGUUGGUCACUGGAUUUGCUUCUGGAAUUUUUCAUCUUCAUGAGCUUCCAGAAUUCAAUCUCAUCCAUUCUUUAAGCAUUUCAGACCAGAGAAUUGCAUCUAUUUCCAUCAACAGUACCAGUGACUGGAUUGCCUUUGGAUGUGCAGGUCUGGGACAGCUCUUGGUUUGGGAAUGGCAAAGUGAGUGCUAUGUGCUGAAACAGCAAGGCCAUUUUAACAGCAUGGUAUCACUUGCAUAUUCACCAGAUGGGCAGUACUUAGUUACUGGCGGGGAUGAUGGAAAAGUGAAAGUAUGGAAUACCAGCAGUGGCUUCUGCUUUGUUACCUUUACUGAGCAUACCAGCAUCAUAUCUGCUGUAACAUUUACCAAUUCAGGAUAUGUUGUUUUGAGUGCUUCUCUUGAUGGAACUGUGCGGGCAUUUGAUCUUCACAGGUACCGCAAUUUUCGCACUUUCACUUCCCCGCGACCAACACAGUUUUCCUGCUUAGCUGUAGACUCCAGUGGAGAAAUCGUUUCAGCUGGUUCCCAGGAUUCUUUUGAAGUAUUUGUGUGGUCUGUGCAGAGUGGACGACUUUUAGAUGUAUUAGAUGGUCAUGAAGGCCCCAUCAGUAGUCUGUGUUUUAACCCAGUGAAGUGUGUUCUGGCAAGUGCCUCUUGGGAUAAAACAGUCAGAUUGUGGGACAUGCUAGAUAGCUGGAGGACCAAAGAAACGCUAACACUAAGUUCUGAUGUGCUUGCUGUUGCUUUUCGUCCGGAUGGCAAUGAGCUUGCCGUAGCUUCCUUGGACGGACAGAUCACUUUCUGGGAUCAUGAAAAUGCAAUGCAAACAGGAUCAAUUAUGGGGCGACAUGACCUUCAAAUGGGGAGGAAAGAACUGGACAAAAUAACUGCCAAACAAGCUGCUAAGGGCAAAUCUUUUACAAGUCUAUGCUAUUCUGCUGAUGGCCAGUGUAUUUUGGCAGGAGGUCUGUCAAAGUAUGUUUGUAUUUAUCACGUCAAGGAACAGAUUCUCAUUAAAAAGUUUGAAAUAUCUUGCAAUCUUUCCUUAGAUGCAAUGGAGGAAUAUUUGGAUCGCAGGAAGAUGACUGAGUUUGGGAGCAUGGCAUUAAUAGAAGAAGGAAAUGGGGACGAUGAUGAUGUUAUCAUUCCUCUUCCAGGAGUUAAGAGAGGUGAUAUGAGUUCUCGGCAUUUUAAACCAGAAAUAAGAGUAACAUGCCUCCGCUUCUCACCCACUGGAAGAAAUUGGGCAGGAACCACUACAGAAGGUCUUCUUAUCUACUCUUUGGACUCUAGUCUCACCUUUGAUCCAUUUGACUUAGAAAUUGACAUUACUCCUAGAAAUAUUCAUAAAGUAUUGUACCAAAAGGAGUACACUAAGGCUAUUGUCAUGGCUUUUCGACUAAAUGAGAAGAAAAUGAUUCAAGAGGUUCUAGAAACUGUGCCCUAUGAUGAAAUUGAUAUAGUCUGCUCAUCGCUUCCAGACUUGUACAUAGAAAAAGUCCUAGAAUUUUUAGCAUCUUGUUUUGAGAAAUCUCGUCACUUGGAAUUCUAUCUCGUGUGGACUCAGAAAUUGCUCAUGCUUCAUGGAUGCAAGUUAAAAACAAGAUCAGAAAAACUGCUGCCUAUUGUUCAGUUUCUUCAGAAGAGCAUUCAGAAGCAUUUUGAAGACCUUUCUAAACUUUGUGAUUGGAAUUGUUAUAACAUGAAAUACAUUCUUUCUAUUUCACAACAACGGGGUAUGAAACGCAGAGCAGAAGAUUCUGAACACAAUGAUUUGAAAAAUUUGGAAGAUUCCAGUAGUGAGGAUUUUAUGGAAGAAUCAGCUGUACAUUUAUAGAAAUAUGACACUUUUUUCCAUGUGUAAAUUUAAACAGCAGUAUUCACUGAGAACUUCAUAGCCCUUUGAAGUGGCCUAUUUUUUAAUAGAUGAUUUGAAUGUGAAAUAAUGCAUCUAGGAAAAAGUAGUUUAUCUUUUGUACACUUUUUUCAGUAAUUGAAUAGCUGGACAGCUAUGGCCAUUAAAUCCUAACCAUGACUUUUUUCUUGCAGUUAGACAUGUAUUGUAAUUUUGUUGUAGACUGCAUGAAUCAUAAGUGUUCCUACCCAUGUCUGAUGCUCACAGUGUUGGUGAUUUACAAAUUACCUAAAUGAUCUUUUAUAUAAAAUCACUUCUAUUAAAUAAAAUAUAUUGGGGAAUAAUGGAGACACAAGGACUAAAAAAAUGAACUGAAUAGAUUCAGACUUAUAUUUUUUGCAAAAAAAACCCAACCAAAAAUCAUUUAUUGUCCUAAAAUAACCACAGAUUUUCUAGAAAUCCUUUGUAGAAACUUACUUGUCUCUUCUCUCAAAAUUCUUGGUGUUUUUGUGAAUCUACUCUCUAUAAUUCCUGUGUGGAAACUUCAGCAAAACACUUGGGUAAAUUCAGUGUAAAAAAAUUACCCAGAUCUCUUUUCUAGUUUAUUAUUUAUAUAUUGAUUUCAAUGAUUAAACCAUCGGCCAGUUUCAU